AUGGCCUCCAUACUUGAGGCCCUCCAGCCCCACCCAGAAGACCAUCUCCACCUCCGUCUUCACCGAGCCCGCUCCGUCAUUCUCACCAGUCAAGAACUAGUAGAAAUCCGCGCCGCCCAACGGACCUUUGAAGGCGCCUACAUGCGCACCGCCCUCUCACAAUUUUCCUUUGCGCUCAUCAUCCUCAAGAUCUUCACAUCGGAAUUCUACCCCAUCGGCGCUUUGUUCGCUGUGUACGGAGCUGCAGUCAUGUUGGUGGCAAUCUAUCGGCGAUAUGAAGGAAAUCGACAAUUUUUUGAUCAGGAGGUGGAGGAGGACUUGGAUGACGACGAACGGCAUGGGACCGGGCCAGCGACAGCGACAGGGUUUGAUGGACAGAUGCGACAGGGUGAUGCCGGGCUGGUAGUUGAUGGAAUGGGAGGAGGAGGACAACGGCUGGAAAGGAGAAAGACGGUCAUGGUAGUCAAGAAAAAGUUUAGGACCAGCACGAAUAGUGUGGCGUUGUUGACGGGGUUGAGUUUUGCGGCGUAUGUUACGUUGAUGGUGUUGUUGUGGGAAUUGAGUCGAUAAGAUUAAGCUACGCCGCUUGGAAAAG